UUGAUCAAUCGACGAGUGACGCGCAUAGGACAAUCUACUCGUCCAGGUAUAUAAAGGUAUCCACCAAAAAGCAAGAGCAUCAUUCGCUCCCAGUUCAACAUACGAGCUGAUCUCCAAAGAUCUACCAAACUCAUCAACUAUGAAGUGCUUCGUUGCUAUCGUUCUCUUGGCUCUGUUCGCUGUAGCCUUCGCUGCAGAGAAACCAGCAGAACCUGAAAAGAUUGAACAACUGCCGAGCGCAGAAGCUGCGGACGCACCACGGGACAAGAGAGGUCUAUUGCUGAGCUACACUGCACCAGUUGCACCAGUUGCACCAGUUGCAUACACUUCUUACGCUGCAGCACCAAUUGCCUACAGUGCUAGUUACAGCUUGCCCUACGCCUACCGCUCGUACCCUUACUACUAUAGCUCCUACUACGUGGCUUAAAUCAGGUGUUUCAGAGCUAGUAAACGUAGAACAUUUCGAACUAAGGCAAAACGACCAUGGCAAUCGCAAGGAUUCUUAACCGGCGUCAUUUUACGUUUUUAAUUUAAUUAGGAACGAAAACCAAAACGAAAUCUUUCCCGACGUUAAUACUCUGAACGCUCAACACUAUUUUUGGACGUAAUUUUCAAUGUACAUACGCUUCAGCAAAUGCUAAUGUUUUAAUCACGAUAUUUUCGUUGUAUCUUGUAUAAUGUGAAAUACAGAAGAUAAUUAAAUUUA